AUGGAUAGCCUCCCUUUCCACCAUGAUUCGCAUGAAACCGGCUCUGCUCAUAAUACCAAAUCCCUAGACCUCGAUGAAUUAAGGAAACACAGCCACAUGGUCAUCGACUUCAUAGUAGAUUAUUACCAAAACAUAGAGAAAUACCCGGUUUUAAGCCAAGUAAAACCUGGUUAUUUAAGAGCAUGCAUACCAGAUUCUGCUCCAUGUGACCCUGAACCCAUGUCAACCAUCCUUAAGGACGUCCAUAAUCACAUCAUUCCUGGCUUAACACAAUGGCAGAGUCCUAACUUCCUUGCAUACUUCUCUGCAACUACCAGUACUGCCGCAUUUCUUGGCGAAAUGCUCACCACUGGAUUUAACGUGGUGGGGUUCAGUUGGGUUUCAUCACCAGCUGCAACGGAGCUUGAAAACAUAGUGAUGGAUUGGCUUGCAGACAUGCUUCAGCUUCCCAAGUCUUUCCAUUUCUCUGGCAAUGGCGGUGGUGUGAUACAUGGGAGUACUACAGAGGCCAUUGUCUGCACAAUGAAAGCUGCCAGGGACCAAAUGUUAAGCCGAAUUGGCAGCGAGAAUUUGGGAAAGCUUGUUGUGUAUGGUUCAGACCAAACACAUAGCACACUUCAAAAAUCCUCCCAAGUUGUUGGAAUCAACAUGAACAACUUCCGGGCCAUCAAGACUACAAAGUCUAGUGGAUUUGCACUAUCUCCUGAGAUGUUAAGAUCGACAAUAACUUCAGACCUAGAAAAAGGGUUAGUGCCACUCUAUUUAUGUCCCUCAAUUGGCACGACUGCAACCACUGCUGUUGAUCCACUAGAGGCACUAUGCCAUGUAGCAAAAGAAUACGGCGUGUGGGUUCAUGUGGAUGCUGCAUAUGCCGGAAGUGCAUGCAUUUGUCCAGAGUUUCGGCAUUUCAUUGAUGGUGUGGAGGGCGUAAACUCUUUUAGCUUUGCGCCCCAUAGGUGGUUAUUUACCGGACUGGAUUGUUGCUGCCUUUGGGUUCAGAAUCCAAGUGUGUUGGUAAAUUCACUGGAGACAAAUCCGGAGAUCUUGAGGAACAAAGUGAGUGAUUCAAAGCAAGUUACGGACUACAAAGAUUGGCAACUAGCCCUAGGCCGGAGGUUUAGGGCAUUGAAAUUGUGGCUUGUGGUAAGAAGCUACGGCGUGGCAAACCUCAGAAACUUUAUUCGUAGCCAUGUCAAUAUAGCCAAGACAUUUGAAGGGCUUGUGAGAAUGGACAAGAGGUUUGAGAUUGUGGUGCCCAGGAACUUCUCCUUGGUAUGCUUUAGAAUUUCACCAUCGGCAUUGAUCAGUAGUGAUGAGGAUGGUGAUGGAAUCGGAAUAGUAAACGAGGUUAAUCGUAAGUUGCUGGAGGCCAUCAAUGCAUCAGGUAAAACUUACAUGACUCAUGCUGUGGUUGGAGGUAUCUAUCUGCUGCGUUGCGCCAUUGGUGCAACACUGAUAGAAGAAAAGCACAUAGUCGAGGUGUGGAGGGUGGUUCAAGACCAUGCACAAGCCAUCCUCAUCAGUGCGCAUGCGUACAGAUGUCCAACUAGUUCAGACUUGCCACUUUCAAAGCAUAGAGUCCUCUUUGAAGUUCCCCGCAAGUAUCUCAGAAUCCACUUAACAAUAUUCCAGGACACUUUGCCUGGAUUAGAUAAGAAUCUAUUAACAACAUCAACUGCACGUGUUGUGUCUGAUCUGGUACAAACCAUCGCCUACAUUAAGCUCCAUACUACUGAGGCAUAUGGCAUUGUUGUCAUUUUUUCCUCCUUCAUCUGA